AGGGCAGACAGGGGAUGUCCAAAUCAAUGGCCCACAACCCAUUGUGCUGCUUUAUCUUCCAUUUCAGAGCAACAAGCCCAGGAACUUGCAUGGAGAAGACAUGCAGUGCCUAUAGAAGAAGCAAAUGUGGUUCUGGAUCCAGACACAGCCCACUGUGACCUUGUUCUGUCUGACAGUGACAAAAGUGUGACACGACUUGACACACGACAGGACAUCCCCGACACCCCUGAGAGAUUUAACCCGUGGCGCUGCGUUCUGGGCUGUGAGGGCUUCACCUCGGGGAGACACUACUGGGAGGUGGAGGUGGAGGAUGCAGGAGGAUGGGCUGUGGGGGUGUCUAGAGAAGAUGUGAGAAGGAAGGGUGAUAUUGAGUUUAAACCAGAGGAGGGCAUAUGGGCAGUGGGGAACUGGGCAGGGCACUUCCAAGCUCUCACCUCCCCUGAUCGCAUUCCCCUUCCCAAAAUACCGGCUCCAAAGCGGAUCCGGGUCUCUCUGGAUUAUGAAAUGGGACAGGUGUCAUUUUUCAGUGUUGAUGAGAAGAUUCCCAUCUUCGUGUUUCCACUGGCAUCAUUUGGGGGGAUAAAAGUCCACCCUUGGGUCUGGCUGGGUCCUGGGACAUUUCUGAAAAUAUGGCCCUGAUGAAUAGGAAGGAGGAAGACAAGGCUUUUUUAAGGGACCUGGGGAGUUCAGACUCACAGUA